CAGUUCAAUGUAUUAUUAUAUCAGUGAAACAAAAUAAAAAAAUGGCUUCUUAUUCCGUACUCUUCUUCUUUAUAUUCAGUUCCUUCUUCUUAUUUGUGUCUGCCUCCCGAUCUUAUUCUUUGACCAAUGGUGUUGCUGUUAGUGAGCCGGUUUCUCCUUCUUUAGUACAGUUUAAAGCUCAGAAAGUUGUUUUGUCUUUGUACUAUGAAGCACUGUGUCCGUAUUGUCGGAACUUCAUCGUCAAAUCUUUAGCUGAAAUGUUCCAGACUGACCUGAUGUCCAUUGUUGAUCUGCAACUCUUUCCUUGGGGCAAUGCUGAUUUACAACCUAACAACACUAUAACUUGUCAGCAUGGAGAAGAUGAAUGCUACUUGAAUACCAUUCAUGCCUGUGCCAUCAAUAUCUGGCCCGAUGUGAUGAAGCAUUUCGGCUUAAUAAAGUGCAUUGAAGAGCUACAACAUUCAGAAAUUAAUCAUGGAGUUGCACCAAAAUUAUCAUGGAAACUAUGUGCUGAUAAAUUGAAUUUGUCGGGGUGGUCCAUUAAGCAAUGCUACGAAAGUGGUCGCGGAAGACAGCUCCUACUACAAUUCGGCAAUAAAACAGACCAUUUGAAACCUCGACAUGAAUACGUACCAUGGGUGGUGGUGAACGGAACUCCUCUCCUCUAUGACUAUAAGAAUUUUGUACAUUAUGUUUGUAAAGCAUACAAAGGUAGACUUUUACCAAGGGCUUGUAGAAGUCCACGUGGCAUAAUCUCAACUUCCAUUGAAAAGUCAACAGAAUCUGGUGGCUCCACGUGUCCAGCCAUAACUGGUGAACCAGAGCCUCCAAUUAAUUAAUUAUGUAUUUUUGAUUUGGACAAUAAUAAAGUGGGUGAUUUAUAAAUGAUUUC